CGCACUGGCACAACACCGCAGCGGAGAGGGGGCGGGAAGAUCUGACUGCAGUUAUCAAAACAGGCUGGGCUAUUAUUCUUGAUCCUUCGGGUAUUUAGAUGGCUCUGGUGGAUGUCACAGAUAAAUUACUAAGCCACCUGCGAAUGUCUAAAAGUAUUAACUCGCUCUGUCUUGCGUCGGGUUUUCAAACUUAGUCCACAAGAUGGGGACGGUUUGGUGAAGUUUUUUGGGGGGGUUUUUUUUUGGAUAGAGACAUUUUGACUUUUCCCACUUUCCUAAUUGGAACAAUGUCCAAAUCCGACCUUAAUUGGUGGACUUGGCGGUCAUACGUUCACCAGCUUUCAGUCUUGCAUCAUUUGACGACUUGUACCCAAGAGCGCGGCGUUGCCAUACAUCAGUCUCCGAGGUUUUUGACCUCAUUUGUUUUAAUCGGCAUGGAAUCGUGCUGGGCGUGUCCCCCGGCUUUCUUCCUUUGUUUGAGGGUAAAGGUUGAGUUUUGGGUAAAAACACGCUUUGGUUACCUCACUAGCAUGCCGGUGCUUUUUUCACAGAGGAGACUCGCCGCAGAGGACUUUGAUGCCUUUUUUUUUUUUUUUGCCGCAGCGUUGCACUGGACGGUCGAAGCGUGCAUCUUGAGAGGCGGAGGAGGUUUAAAAGCAGCUGAAACAAAGCACGUCGGCAGUGGGCCGGCGCUGCGGGCGGCAGGGGGGCUGGCAGGACUUUAAUCCUGGCCGCGGCGCUGAUAGAUGGACGCCAGAGUUUCAUUCUUACCGCUGCGCUUGGCUUCUGAGCGAUGACGGAAAUCCCGCGCGCCCGUAAGUUCUUUUUGAUGUCGCGGCCAAGCACGGAUCUCGGCUCGCGGCGCCAGGCCCAUCUCGGGAGCGAGGUGUUGGCCGAGGAGGAUAUCUGACUGUCACCAUCGAGCCGCUGCCUCCUGUGGUCGUGGGAGAGACGGUGACCCUCAAGUGUAACUUCAAGACAGAUGGGAGGCUCCGGGAAAUUGUUUGGUAUCGGGUCACAGACGGCGGCACCAUCAAACAGAAAAUCUUCACCUACGACGCCAUGUUUAAUACCAACUACUCCCACAUGGAGGACUACCGCAAACGCGAGGACCUUGUGUACCAGACAACUGUCCGGCUCCCGGAGGUUCGGAUCUCGGACAAUGGACCGUACGAGUGCCACGUGGGCAUCUACGACCGGGCAACCAGGGAGAAGGUCGUGCUGGCGUCGGGGAAUGUUUUCCUCACAGUCAUGUCCCCUCCCAACAACAUCUCUGUAGUGGCCGAGAACACGCCGGCGCCGUUCAGUCGAUACCAAGCCCAGAACUUCACACUGGUCUGCACCGCCAAGGGUGGAAAACCCGCACCGUCUGUGUACUUCAAGCGAGACGGCGAGCUGAUCGAGGUGAUCUCCUACACUCAGCCGUCAGCCGGGGAUCAGGGCGGCGGCUCGGCGGGGUUCCGAGGAGCCAGGCCUCUCAUCAGCCGCGACCUGGACGAGACCAAGCUGCAGCGCUCCCUGUCCCUGCUGGACCCCGAGAGUCGCUCGGCGCACUUGUACACGCAGCGGCCUCAGCGCGUCCGCACUCAGGGCCUGCAGGCCUCCGAGCCCAGCCCGGCCACCGAGGUCAUCCCGGAGACGGUGGUGAGCCGGGAGUUCCCCCGCUGGGUCCACAGCACGGACCCCCUGUACUACUUCAGCCACACGCACAUCCCGCAAAGCGACGGCUCGGUGGUGGUGCAGGCCCGCCUCACGUGGACCCUCAACCCGCAGCUGGAUAACGAUGCCCUGUUCAGCUGCGAGGUCAAACACCCGGCGCUCUCCAUGCCCAUGCAGACAGAGGUCACAUUGGCUGCCCCGAAGGGCCCGAAGCUCUUUAUGACCCCCAGCAGGGCCAAAGUCGGAGACACGGUGCGCAUCACUGUGCAAGGAUUCCAGGUAGGACCUCUUGGGAACGAGGUGUUCCCGGAGCCCCUCUUCACCUGGACCCGCGUGGGGGGCCGCCUCCUGGACGGCAGCGCCGAGCGAGAGGGCAAGGAGCUGAUUCUGGAGCGGGUGCCGGCAGAGCUCAACGGCUCCAUGUACCGCUGCACGGCCCAGAAUCCUCUGGGCUCCACGGACACGCACACCCGCCUCAUAGUCUUUGAAAAUCCAAGCAUGAUGAAAAACACGCAGAGCCAGAACAGCGGAGCGUCGCACAUGAACGCCGCGGGCGGCCUGACGUGGUUGGCCCUCGUACUCACAGUGACCGCGGAGCUGACGUGAAAAGCCGAGCGCUCGCACUCGCGCACUCGCCCUCGGCAUACAACACACACGUACACACACACGCAUACACAAAGAUUCAAAACAAAACAAAUCAUCGGCGUACUUUCCGCAACCUUGCGAGUGUUUUUGGGGCCACGGCGCUCGGAGCUCCUCCCAUUUUUUUUUUUUUUUGUAACGAAAAUAAUCCCCACGAUGAACGGGACAAUCUCCUCCCAUAUUGCCCUCUCAAUUUUUUUGGGUUUUUAUUUUUGGGUCCCACGUCUGCCUGUCGACCAAGAACAUUUUUUCCAACUGGAAAGACUGCAUUCAGAUUUUUUUUUUGUUUGUUUGUUUUUUUGGGGAGGGGGCUUUAAAGGGUCAGUGCUUUUUUUUCCAUGGAAAUGUGAAAAGUGCUUGAAACUGUGUUGGCUCCCCCCUAAAAAAAUAAUAAUAAUAAGUACAAUAACAACAAAAGACACAGCACCCAUCUGCUCCACGUCACGGGACAUCAGCACCACGAGCGGGCAGGGGAGGGGGGAGGGGGGUCAAUGCAGAUGGUCCUACAGAACAAUCUAUAUACUAUACAAGAAUCUUUUUUUCAUUUUUUUUUCCUUCUUUUCGGGGGCUGAGAAUGUACAAAAAAAAAAAAAGACUCGAGAUGCAACGGGAGGCUCGCAAAAAAAAAUGGUUUUUUUUUGUGAGUGUAUUUUGUGUACAUCCGUGUAAAUAAUGCAGAUAAUUAAAGAGGUUUUAUGGGCGUGUGGUGAGAAAACGGUCGUAGAGUUGUUUAUACUUCAUCCAUCAGAGCAAAACAUUGGCUGACAAAACAAAAACUGUUUUUUUUUUUCUGUGUCCCGUCCCCCCCCCCCCCCCACACACACACACAGCUCCAAUAUAUCUAUAUCCUUAUGACAGGAAGUGGUCUCAGAAAUGUCGGUUUUCAGGAUUGUGAUGCAUGUGCAUUCGCUCCCCCCCCCCUUUUGAUUAAAUUUUUUUUUUCAGCACUGCAGCAGCCGUUUGUUGCAGUUAUGUUUCCUUGUGUCAUGCUAUCUUAAGUGACCUACAUUGAAUGUGUGUGUGUGUGUGUGUGUGUGUG